AUGAACGACACAUCUCAACACUACUUCUCCAUGAAACAUAUGGAACACAGCUCGCUAACCAUGUACAACGUCGACAAUUUUACUCACAAUAUUACCACCGGGGACCAGAACACGACAGGAUGUGCUCAAAUCAUGAUCCCCCAGGAACUGUUUUUAAUGCUUGGCUUGAUUAGUUUGGUGGAAAAUAUUCUGGUGGUACUCGCUAUCAUUAAGAACAGGAAUCUGCAUUCUCCCAUGUACUAUUUCAUCUGUUGUCUCGCCGUCUCCGACAUGCUUGUCAGUGUCAGCAAUGUGGUGGAGACGAUGUUCAUGCUGCUGACAGAGCACGGUCUAUUGGUAGUGACACCUAAUAUGUUGAGACACUUAGACAACGUCAUCGAUAUCAUGAUCUGUAGCUCCGUGGUGUCUUCGCUGUCUUUCCUCUCCACGAUAGCCGCUGACCGAUACAUCACCAUUUUUUACGCACUGCGUUAUCACAGUAUAAUGACAACCCAGAGAGCCGUUGCUAUCAUUGUUGUUGUUUGGUUAGCUAGUACCACUUCUAGCACAUUAUUUAUUGUUUAUUAUCGAGACAAUGCUGUGAUAGCCUGUCUUGUGACGUUUUUUGGCAUCACGCUGGUCUUCACUGCAGUGCUGUACCUACAUAUGUUCCUCCUGGCGCACGUGCACUCGCGGCGCAUCAUGGCUCUCCACAAGAGCCGUCGUCAGGCUACAAGUAUGAAAGGCGCAAUCACUUUGACCAUCCUGCUCGGGGUGUUUAUCAUCUGCUGGGGUCCCUUCUUUCUUCAUCUCAUCCUCAUCCUUACCUGCCCUAAGAGCCCUUACUGUAACUGCUUCUUCAGCCACUUUAACCUUUUUUUGAUCCUGAUCAUUUGUAACUCACUUAUAGAUCCACUGAUUUACGCAUACCGGAGCCAAGAACUGCGCAAGACAUUGAAGGAGCUCGUAUGUUGUUCAUGGUGCUUUGUCAUGUGA